AUGGCCCAUCAGGGUUCCUCCAGGCCUCUCCGCCCACUUGCACCUCGGACCGCAUCAGGAGGUCUUGCUCCGGCAAAUCCUGAUCCUGGUCCCAAUGAGGAACACAAGGUGAAAAGGGCGUCAAUGGCCUGUGCAGAGUGCAAGCGCCGUCGGACAAAGUGCAGCUAUGAUACCACAGGCAGCCCCUGCACCGAAUGUACGCUACAGGGAUGUCAAUGUUUCGUCGAUGAGUCCGCAGACAAACGCCGCAAGGUGGCUGCCAAGCGGGCUGAAGAGGAAAAUAAGCGCCUUCUGGAACGAGUGAAGCAACUUGAAGGAUCAAGAGAUUAUGAACGCCAAUUCAAGGAACUGUUGCUCGAAGCUUUUCGAGAGGGAGACGAAGAUUCUGUGACUGCAAUCAUUCACAGCAUUAGGUCACGCUUACCCGAGGACCACAUUUUGGAUGUUCUCAAUCAGGUCUUAGACAAGGCUGAGGAUCGGGCUGCUACCCUCGAGGACGGAGUCGAAGAUGCGCAAGGUGGAAGGGUGGUGGACGGCGUGCCUCCAUAUUAUCCGCCAGAUUAUGCGACGCGAUGA